UUUCUCUCUCUAUGACUAUUUCAUCCUUCUAGGCUGUAGCUUGUAUAGUUGUAUGUAUGUGUGUGUAUGUAUGGUCUAAGAGAGAGAGAGAGGUUGCUUCCCGCGUUUUCCAUCUCCAAUCUUGAAUUAACUUCAUGCGUGCAAGCUAUUCGUAUAAAUCUCCAAACCCACAUUUUCUUCUUGCUCCUUAAAACGUUUUUACUUCUCUCUAAGCUUCUCCCUUCCUCACCCUCAAUCGUUUUCUCUCUGCAAUUCCCUUUAUAUCUCGUGUCACUUUCCUGAUAUUUUCCCAGAUUUUUCUUCAUAUCGCUCUCCAAUCCUUUUCUUACUUGUAUUUAUAUGCGUUUCUGAACCUUGAAAGAGACAUUCUGUAUCUAUCUGCUUCAAUUUAGUCUGUGAAGUUUGGUUUGGAUCUCUUCUGUCCUUCUGUUUCAUGGUGUUGCCUAUUUUACAACCUUAAGUUUAUCCAAUUAUAAAUCAUUCCGCGCUAAUUUAGAGAUUAAAAGAAAAGAAAUUGGAAUUAUGGGAGGGCAGAGUAGCAAGAAGCCUGCUGAAACAUCCACCUCUGGAAUUAACAAUCUGCAGUACAGAACAGAAAUGAUCAACUCAUAUGAAGCUGCUUGCAGGGUUGAUGUAGAUUUGCAUAAUUUUGAUUCAACUCUCCAAGUAAGAACCAACCAUGUCCUCAGUGCCCUUGCUGGAGGUGUUGAGGUCAGGGCGUUAUCCUUUGAUUCCUUAAAGGAAGUAACAGGAUGUCUGCUAGACAUGAAUCAAGAAGUGGUUAAGGUGAUCUUGGAAUGCAAGAAGGACAUCUGGAAAAACCAAGAACUCUUUGAGCUGGUUGAGGAGUACUUUGAGAACAGCCUGAAAACACUGGACUUCUGCGUCGAAUUGGAGAAGUGCCUGAAGCGAGCUCGCGAUAGGCAGCUGCUGAUCCAUGUUGCGCUCCAGGAAUUCGAGGCAGAGACUGGGGUUGAAGGGAAUAGCUAUGCCAGAACCCUGGAGGAGCUGCAGAACUUCAGAGAAGCUGGGGACCCUUUCACCGAAGAGUUCUUCCAGAUCUUCCAAUCCGUUUAUAUGCACCAAAUGCUAAUGCUCGAGAGGCUGCAAUCACGAAAGAACAAACUCGACAAGAAGCUCAAGUACAUCCACGCCUGGAGAAAAGUCUCCAGCAUCAUCUUUGCUGCAGCAUUUGCAGCUGUUCUGAUCUGUGCAGUGGUGGCUGCUGCCGUGGCUGCACCGCCUGUUGCAGGCGCGCUGGCAGCCGCCUCUUCGGUCCCCAUCGGCUCAAUGGGUAAGUGGAUCGACUCGCUUCUCAAGAACUAUGAAAUCGCCAUCAAAGGGCAGAAGGAAAUUAUCAACUCCAUGCAAGUGGGCAGUUAUGUGAGCAUCAAAGACUUGGACACCAUAAGGGUGCUGAUUGAUAGGCUGGAAGUAGAGAUAAAGUCCCUCCUGGAAAACGCAGAUUUCGCCAUUAACCACGAAGGGGCAGUCAAGAUUGCCAUCGAAGAGAUCAAGAAGAAGCUGGAUAUUUUCAUGAAGAAUGUUGAAGAUUUAGGGGUGCAGGCUGAUGUGUGUAGCAGGGAUAUUCGCAGAGCCAGGACUGUCAUACUGCAAAGGAUCAUCAAACACCCCAACCAUUAAGGAUUCUUGCUGGAUACCUCAACCUCUCAAACUAAACUAAACUAAACUAAACUAUGGUCCUCAUAGCUUGUUUCAUGAAGAAUAAUAAAAGGAUAUUGAAUUCAUUGAUUUGUAAUCUGUAAAGUAUAAUGUUCAUCUUUCCUGAACUAAUUUAUUAACAUGGAAUUUGAUUUAGAUAUU